AUGGGCGUAGAUAUUAUCUCCCUGGUGUCGCUCAUAUAUCAGGCCGGCGGUGCCGUCAUCCACCAGUGCAAGCUCGUCAAGCAGUGUCCCGGGCAAGCCGCACGCCUCGCGAUGCGGACGCAGAACGUCCUGGGGUUGCUGAGUUCGGCAGCGGAACAAUUCGAGGGCAAUGUGGCUCUUGAGACGAGCCUGCUGGAGCUCCGAAACGUGCUGCUGCGGGUUAUCCAGCUGGUCGAACGGUGCAAGCAGCCUGCGCGGUUCUCGGCAAAGGUGCUUCGUGUUUUUCGCAUCAAGGCCACCAAAGAAGCCCUCGUGGGAGCUGAGGCGGACCUCGAGCGCGUCACGCGAGACCUCCGCCUACCGUUGCUGACGGACAUCAAAUGCCAGCUUGGCGAGAUCAAAGAUCACGUCGUGAACGAUCCUCAGCAAGACAGGGCUGCUGCUGCCGUUACAACCGCCGCCGCCACGGCUAACGGCGACCAACAACAACAACAAGCGGCGGCGGCAGCGGCAGCCGCGACCGCGUUGAAGAGCCAGGGUCGGGCCGCGGACCCGCUGGACUGCGCGGAUGAAGCGCUGAUACAGAAGGCGAGAGACGCAAUCGACCGAGGGAUGAUGGCCCGCAGCACGAACGGCUCUACCGUCGGAGAGGUCAUCCGCGGGGAAAUCGCGAAGUCGGGAGUAGUGAGCCCCCUCACAGAGACCGGCGGCGGCAACCACGGCGCCGGUGGCGGCGAUGCGGAUCGCACCGCCGGCAGUCUCAUCGUCCACGUAAAGCGCGUCCGAUUCGAGGCCCUGGAGGAAGAGGAGCAACUGGGCCUGGGAACGUUCGGUGUGGUGCUGGCGGCGAGGUACUUCGGCCGCGACGUGGCCGUCAAGAAGGCUCGGGCUGCCUGCACCAGCCGGACACUCGAGGAUUUCCGGCAAGAGGCCGAACUUCACUUCGCGAUGCGCCAUGACAACAUCGUCGAAGUCAUCGCCUUCAGCGUUGGGGACGCGGUCCACCCCCCCUGCCUGGUCAUGGAGAGGAUGGACGAGUCGCUCUAUGAACUGCUGAGCCUGCAGCUCAGCAUCAACUUCCCGUGGGCCCUCGGAAUAAUACACGAUGUGUGCAAGGCCCUUCACUUUCUGCACGCACAUAACAUUGUGCAUAGAGACAUUAAGAGCCUCAACGUCUUGCUAGACGCAGGAGGCACGGCCAAGCUUUCAGACUUUGGCCUCGCCCAAGUGAGCUCGACCGUCAACAAGGACACCGGCGGCACAUAUCACAGCAAGGUUGGUUCGGACUUCUGGAUGGCGCCGGAGGUUCACGUGCAUCGGAAGGCCACCGCUCUGUCGGACAUCUUCAGCCUGCACGUCGUCAUGUGGGAGAGUGAGCGCACCCCGGUAGGCUCAAAGCAGCCACGAACCCCCCUCCUUACGGCAAUAGUGUACAAGGAGCCAGAACCGAAGCAACCGCUACCGGAACAGUUGGCCUGCUAG